GGGCCACCACAAAAUUCUUCAUCAUACAGAUAGUCAAUGUAUGCCCUCUGCUGAUAAAAUGAAACAAAUUAUUGCGUCUAAAGUGAUAAAUGAAGCCCAAGGAAUGUGGGGACUCGGAAACUGCUUCCGAGGACUUUGUAUUACGUGUCGCGUGUCUUUGGCGCAGUGAGCUGACUGAGCUCUAUAUAAUGAUAGACUCGUGCAAAAGUCUCCUUCGGCAAUACGAGUUGGCUACUACAACACGUUUUUGUUGCAACAAAACCAAGAAAAGAUUUGGCAGUACUGGUAUGUAUAGUACUAAUACUAGAAUUUUGAGGUCAUCAAUUUAUAAAUUAUCGUCGACUUUAUUUGUGGAAUUUGCAAUAUACGGCAGAUAACAUUGACCUUGGUCUGAAUAAUUCUUGAUACCAUGCUCAGCCUCAUCCAAUAUUUGUAAAUUGAUUAUUGAUUAUUGGUUUGUAAAUUGAGUAAUUGUUUAUUGAUUGUCACUCUUCACCAGACUUCUAUAUACCCUAUGACGUCACGGCGAACGAGUUGUACUUUGCCGAAUAAGUUAAUAUUCAACACACACAGCAGCGUAUGUUUACGCCAGAGCACGUUGUAAACUUACACAAAAACUUCGCUCAUAAAGGCGGAAAUGGCCAUGGAUUGCCCUUAUAUUAAUUUUAUGGCAAUCUACAUCAUUUCUGCUAGCUUUUUAGGCACAAAUUCUGGCCGUGGAGUCACGCAUUGGAAGCUGAACGAGCAAGGCAGUAGCAUAGUUGAAGGCAACGAGAGUGACAGGAAUUAUGUCAAAACUGACCCGGUAUUUGCCUUAUUGAUUGAACAUUAUCCACCUAAGACAGCUCCUGCAAGAAGGCCUAAAUCGGGAAAGAAUAAAUCGAGCAAGAAAGCAUCUCCAGCAAAUCAUUUAAGUUCACCCACAAUGACAGGUCCACCAGCAUAUGAAAUAUUCCAAUCGUCAACAUUCCACUGUGGUGAUCCUGUCAAUGAAACAAUGUACGACAGCCUACUUGGAAUAGCCAGGAGAAAAACCCACCCAUUGUUUGAAGAACCAGAAGUCUCCAUGAUCUUUAAAAAGAGUGAACUUGACCAGCUAGAUAUGAAGGCGAUUGAAGAAAAUUUACAGAACUCUUUAGAGGAGAGUCCCAUGUCUGUUGUGGUAUGCAAUCAAAUUGGAAACUAUUUGAGAAUGAAAGGCAACACAUACCAUGCUAUUGAGUGUUUCAGAAAAGCAUUGUAUACCAUGCCAAAUAAUGCAGACAUUCUUCUUAACCUUGCAAGAGUAUUGUAUAACUUGAAGUACCUUGAUGAUGCGAUCUAUCUUACCAGAAGGUCAUUGGAAAUGCAGCCAGCCAACCUAAACUGUUGGCUACAGCAUUUCACUUUGGGUGAAAUUCUCAAAGCAAGCGGGGAGAGGAAGGAGGCAGCAAUUCAUUUCAGAAAUGCAUUGGAUCUCAACCCAUCCUUUCAACCUGCCGAGAUUCAGCUGCAAGAAUUGGGUACGGUUGUCGAUGAGUCAUUCGACUUUUAUACAUAUUUAAUCAUCGGCCUUCUUGUCAUUGUCGUGUUGUUUUGGUUGUACAUAACUAGCCCAGGGAAAGAGCAAAGUAGCCAAAGCAAAUCAAAUAUCCGUCCUCGGAUAAUACCUGGACCUGUUAGAAGAUCAAUCAAUCGGCGACUGUAAUAGGGGGUGACAUGGUUUGUUGUCGAGGUUAGCAAGAGCUGGCAAUUUGCUGCCUGUUUCACCAGUAGCUAAAUAGAUUUGAGAUGACCUCUUUAGCAGAAGGGAAGUUUCAAAAGAAUAUAUUUAUUUGACAUAUAUAACUUUUUACUUGGUAAGGCAGAAAAAGAUUUGGAAGAAAGAAAUUAUUUACUGUCUAAAGAUAUUAUUUUAUGAUAGAGCAAGUACUCAGUUCUUCAAAUUUUAUCAGAUGCAGUGAACAGUGCAACAAAUUCAGCUCUUGGUAAUUUUAUGCACCUAUCCGUUUACAAGAAUGCAGUCGCACUUUCUUAGAAUCAAGUGUUCGUAAUAUGCGCCGUACAGUACCACGACAACAUGAACUUUGUUGAUGUGAUUUUGUCUUAUUUAAUAGUGCUUUUCAAGUUGUGUAAAAAUUUUUAGCUUUCACGUAAUUUUUUUCAAAUUGAAAACAGUCAAAUCUGAACAAAAAAUGAAUUAAAAAAAUAAAGUUU